AGUGACUGCCCUCAAUAAGCUGCUGCGCAACCUACGUUCUCUGGUUUCACCCUUCAGGCUCUACAAAUACUUGCUUACUUCACUGCUGCGGCAGAAACUCAACGAAGCGAUGAUUGCCUGACUUUGAACAUUCGGUCAAAGGCGACAAAUAGGUCUCCGAGCUUACACAAGCCCGUGCUUGCGCUGUUCCAUGGAAGACUUAAGUAACUCCAGCUUCUUACCUCAAGUCUGUCGACUCAUUCCCAUCACAGGAUUUGCUGGGUCCAACACCAAUUCGCCCUUCACCAAUGGCCAACAUCUCGCUCAUGGCGAAGACCUAGUCGUCGUUUCUGUCAACUAUCGUCUGAAUGCCUUUGGCUUCCCCGGCGCUCCAGGCGCUGACACGAAUCUUGAACUGAGUGAUCAGCGACUUGCUAUUGAAUGGCUGAGGGACAAUAUUGCAGCUUUUGGCGGCGAUGCUAAGCGUAUGGUGACUGUUGGGCAAUCUUCGGGCGGCUCUGCCGUGGACUGGUGGUCUUACGCUUACAGGAAGGAUCCUAUUGUUCAUGGUCUGAUAUCGACUUCAGAUAAUGCCUUCAGUUUUCCUAUGAACACGGCUCAUCAGCACAGAGACAGUUGGUCCGCCCUCUCCACGGCGCUCGGCUGCGGAUCAACAGGUGACACUAUUACGUGCAUGCGAUCAAGCAAUAUUACCACCAAGGCGGUCACAGUGGCCGUGGCCAAAAUUCCUCCUAGUCCAGGUGGAAAUCCAGUUCGAUCUACGCCACCAUUCUACCCCAUGGUGGACAACCAGACCAUAUUCGGUGACUACCUUUUUCUCUCUUCGACGGGCAAAUUUGCAGGGUUUCCCUACCUUCAAGGCCACAACGACUUUGAACAGGGCUACUACAUCAUUUCAGCCUUUGCCCAGGGUCGCAACGUGACUGCUGCGCAGACAGCCCAAUUGGCAAAGACCAAGAUUCCCUGAGUGCAGAGCACGGCCUGCGAGAGUGGCCUCUUACCAGCCUCAUCGAUGUGAUUGCUGAAUUUGCACCAGCAGAACGCGCACCUGAGCCUGCGAGCCUCUAACGUUGGUACCACGGUCCGACAUACUUUUACAGCCUGACUGUAAGAGCGGAGAACUCGCUCCUGAAAUACUUGCAGAGAGCGACGAACUGAACGCGCGUAUCGAAAAGCUAUCGCCUCGGAUGAAAAUGCCAGAAUAUAUCCAGAAGAUUAACGUGCCAUGAAUCAACGCAAACGGCCUUACUGUGCAAUCUGAGGUCAACUUCCC